GCAUAAUGCAAUUGUUAAUUUUAGCUCCUUGCGUGGGUGCCGUUCUGACUUGAACAGCCGGCUGUAGCCUUCAUUAGAGAAGAAGCAGGCAGCUUGAGACAGGUGGAACUGAGUGGCGCUGUGAACGUGAUUUGCUGGAAGCUGGUUGACGAUGAUGUGUCACAGUGUGUAGGGGCACCACAUGGAGAUGGGCAUUCCGCACUGUUGACGGGGACAUGGGACUCCAGCUGCCUCUGAUCAUUUGUGUGGAUUUUCUCGGUGUAGAACGACAGAAGCCGCUAGUAAGUCACCAAGACCUACAGCAGAAACUCUGCACGAAAGGGCAAAAGGCUUUUUUUUAAUUUGCAUCUGUGAGGAUGUCUGAGCAAGGAGACCUGAACCAGGCCAUAGUGGAGGAAGGAAGGGCUGAGCAGGAGGUGGCCACUCCAGAGAAUGGCAUUGUUAAAUCAGAAAGUCUGGAUGAAGAGGAGAAGCUGGAGUUGCAGAGACGGCUAGCGGCUCAGAAUCAAGAGAGAAGAAAAUCCAAGUCAGGAGCAGGGAAAGGCAAACUGACUCGCAGCCUUGCUGUCUGUGAAGAGUCCACCAGACCAGGAGGCGAAAGUCUUCAGGAUCAGGAAACAAUUCAUUUACAGCUUUCCAGUUUUCCCAGCCUGCACGAGGAGGAAAAAUCUAGGAAAGAUGACACUGAAAGAGAAAAAGAAAAGGAUAAGAACAAAGAUAAAUCCUCUGAAAAGCCCAAGAUCAGAAUGUUAUCAAAAGAUUGUAGUCAAGAAUAUACAGAUUCUACAGGCAUAGACUUACAUGAGUUUCUGAUUAACACUUUAAAGAAUAAUUCCAGGGACAGGAUGAUUCUCUUGAAAAUGGAACAGGAAAUUAUUGAUUUCAUUGGUGACAACAAUAACCAUUAUAAAAAGUUCCCUCAGAUGUCAUCAUAUCAGAGGAUGCUGGUCCACCGGGUGGCAGCUUACUUUGGGUUGGAUCACAAUGUGGAUCAAACGGGAAAAUCUGUCAUCAUCAACAAGACCAGCAGCACUAGAAUCAUACAUGAAGAUAUGGACAGCUAUUUUGAAGAGAAUGAGAGACAUUAUGGCUGCCAUUGUUGAUUUCCCUAUUGUCUGGUUUUGAAGGCCUAAAAUGCCUUAAUUAUCCUGUUUGAUCAGUUUAAUACUACUUUGGUUUGUAUGAAUUCAUUGUGUGUGAAGAUAUGAAUAACUAUUUAGAAGGAAACAAGAGACAAUAUGAUAGACAGUGAAGAUCUCCUGUUGCCUUGCUUUAAAAGCUGUGUCUCUACAUUGUUUUCUUCUGAUCUGCUUUGUUGUUGUGUUGUUUAGUUUUACCCUCUUUAAAAUAAAACUUAAAAAAGAAAAAAGAAAUUAAUAUGCUUUAAUAAAGAUGCAGCCAUACAUUAUUAAUUGAGUAUUGGAUGUGGAACGAAGUGAAUGCAGCAUGUCAAGAGCUGUGCCUUCUGUCCAAGUACCAUCAGGAGACGGGUGUAUUCUUAACCAUGUUGAAUCAAAUAUCACAUUGAAGAAAAAGACUAGAUUAUUUAUUUAUGAGUUUUCUUAGAAAAUGCCAUUGGGGUUUUUAAAAUACAAGGAAUGUAGUAUUUUCCUAAGGUAGUCCUAAAUCUUAAUCAUUGACUAAAUCCUAUAAUUCAAUAUACCUCAAAUAGCAGUCAUUUUUAAAGAUUGUUUGACAUUUAUGAGAUAAAACUUGAAAUGUUUAAAAAUUUCAAGAACUGAGAGAAGUAUUUAAUGUUGGAUGUGUACUUGAGAGUGGAUUUGUACAUUAUUUCAUAGGUAUUUCUUGUAAGAUCAUAUACAGACAAUUUUGAAGAGUUGUCUCUCUUUGAUACAGCUUUGUGCUGUUGACAGUAGUGUUUCUUCAUAGAAAUAACCAAUUUAUAUGCACAGUUGAAGAAAUAUGCCUGUUUUGUUAAGCUAAAUAGAUCUAUUAUGUGUAUACAUUUUGAUAUUGCAACACUAUAUUCAAUAUGCUUCUUGAAUAACCAAGGUCACAUCCUGAGCAUAUGAAAUUAUCUUAACAAGUUUCUUUUUUCAAAUUUUGCACUUAUCUUUUCUUAAAAAAAUAUUUUUCUAUAUCAUUACUACUUGAUCAUUUGAAAUAAAAAAAUCAAGUUGAAUGUUAUCAUUUUGUUAUUAUUUCCAGAAAGGAAUGAUUUGGCUGUACUAAAAGAUCUUAAAAUGAUAGGCCAAGACUAGAAACAGGAAACAAAAUUAAGUCUGGCCUUUUUUUAAAUAGCAGUAAGAAUUGAUUUAAAAAGCAAAACAUCUCAAUAUCCAUUUUGGCUGAUUACAAAAUAACACAUGCAAUGGAAGAAUAUUUUGUCAGUAUUCAAAAUGUAAUUGCAUUUUAAGUCUAAAUAAUCCAAUCAUUGGUUAUAAAUCACUAUUAAGUUGUUGAAUUGAUUUCUUAUCUUUUUGAGCUAAGAGUUUUCAUUUUCUGCUGUUGUAUAGUAAGACAUAAUAAUCACAAAAUACAAAGAAUUAGAGAUAAAAUUACCUGUUACUUUACCAUUCAAAGAUGCCUACUGUUACUAUUAUCCUUCUAAUUAUAUGUUAUGAAUUUUGACAUAAAUAUGGUCAAGCUACGUCCAUGAUUUUUAAAAAUGUUUUAUGUACUGGUUAGUAUCCUAUCACUUUUAAAAACUACAUAUUACAUCUUACAUACCUUCAGUUACUAAUCCAGUGCAAUACAGAUUCUUACUGUGUUGUUUAGAACAGUAGAUCUCUGUAUCCACUAAUUGCUAUUUCUUUUGUAUUAAUACUUAAAAAUUGAAUCAAAGUAAUAAUAAUAAUAAAUGUUUAUGUAUUUUCAGUUUUCAGGGGGAAAAUGUAACUGAAAUUGCAAUUGAUUUCCUCAAAAAUAUCACUUAAUUUUAUUCACUAGCUACACAGCUUCUCCAUCCCUGAGCAAAAUCUAAUUAAGAAACAAUGAUGCCUUGAUUCUAACUUUUCAGUUUGAGGGUGCCAAGGACCUGAUGGGAUGUACCAAUGCUCUUCAGGACACACCUUCAAUGAGUUUCACAAUAGAUAUGUGCUAUGAGUUGUAGAAUAGCUUAAUUUUUUUAUGGGAAAAGGAAAUUGUUUUCCACAUAAAAUAAGGCCUAAUUAUUAUUUUCCAUGCUCUUUGAUGAUAAUCAAGAGACAGGUAGAAGUAAUGCUCGCACAGCAAAAUCUAACAGAAGUGAAAACUUAAGCAAUGUGUGACUCCCAGCCAUGAGAUGUGUAGUAAAGUCUAGUCAUAACCAAUUUAGUCAAUACCAUGACUUUGGUAGCUUUGAGAUUUUGUUCUUGGAGUUACAUUCUCAUAUUAAUAAAUUAAAAGUAAUUCAUUAUCAUUGUAUAUGUAGACAUGUAACACAUUAUUUUACUUUCAUUUUAUAGCUUAGAAAAUGUUGCUAUGAUGUUAAAUUAGUUGGAGAAGGGAUCUUUAAAAGCUAUACUACAUUACAGGUGAUUUUCAGCAUAGUCAUUGUACACUUGUGUGUCUUAGUUUGCAUGAAUUUAAACUGAAAACUGCCCUUCAGUACUAGAGUCAUAAAUAGUUCUCUAUAAUACCAACCCAGAGAAAUCUUAUUAGUUCAUCUCAAUUCUUUCUAAGCCAUCUGCUAAUGGUUAUUUCAUGAUUACUCAAAAUAUUUUUCAAAUAAAAAUAAAAGGCUAUUAAUUUGAAAUAUUGCAUCAUAAUUUUGGAAAAAGAUUAACAAGAGAUUUGAAAAGAAGUUAUUGAGGGCAACCUACUUGGGACCCUUCUGUCUCUUUUUCAUACAGAAGCUUUCUUUCUCUCAAUAAAUAUAGUAUGCUCUUAAAAAAAAAAAAAAGAAAAGUAGUUACUGAGACAGGAAUUUGCAUGAUUUAUUUAUAGCAGAAAAAGAAAUACCAUGGUCUACAUAUUUCACAUUAUUGAUCAAAUCUUUUGUCGCUUUUUCUAUAUUUCCUGAAUAUAUCCAAUUAUGAAAAAUAAAUAAACGACAUUGUAAAGAAAUUAAAAUUAAAUUACAAAAAUAAUAUUUAGAUAGCUGAUGUUUUAAACAGAUUUUCUCAAACUAGGAAAGCUAAAAUUUUCUUUUUCACCUAUUUCUUUUCUUUAGAUAGCCUUAGCAUGAAACUCAAACACAAUUUCUAAAGAUUUUCUUGAUGUUCUAAUUUUGUUUUUUGAGGCAAAUUUUCCCUGUGCAGCCCAGGCUGGCCCCAGACUCACAAGUGAGGCUCCUGCCUCAGUCUUCCGAGCUGGGAUGACAGGCACGCACAACCACACAGGCUGUCUCAGCCUGCAUUUAUAUUCGUAUUAAGAUCUUCUCAUUAGAUUAGAUCUAAUUAUUAGAUCUUCUCAUUCUGUUUUAUAGUCACAAAGUAUUUGAUUUCAUACUUUAUUAAGCAACUUUAUGGGUCUGAUUAUGAAUUAUAGCUAUUUGUGGACCUCUUGCCAAAUUUUCAUUAACUCAUACAUUGAUUAAUUUAUUCAUUCAGCUGAUGAGGCAUGGAUCUAGGCACUAAGGAUUAAGUAUUUUUAAGUGUAUUUAUUUAUUUGAGCUGAAGGCUCACUGUAUAGCACAGACUGGCUUGAAACUUGCUUAUAUAGUCCAGGCUGUUCUCAAUUACAUGGUGAUCCUCUUCCUCAGCCUUCUGAGUGCUGGGAUUACAGGCACGCAUCACCAUAUCUGACUAGGACUAAGUAUUUUUUAAAAGGUUUGCCUAUGUAGAUUUUGCCUUCUCGUUUCUGUUAGUAUCCUGAAAUAUCAUUCUAAUACUUUAAAGAAGCAUUUGGUCUAACACAGAUUUACUUAUGCUAAGAAUGGAAAGGCUGACAUCCUCAGAUCGUUUAUUUCUACAUGGAUGAUUACAACUGUUAGAAACAAAUAAAAACUUGUUUCUGUGAAUUUAAGGAAAUAAUUCUAUAUAUUGGAGCAUUCUAGACUACAGAGACUGGGAGACUGGGGAUAUUACAAGAAAACUAAUGAACAUUUAUGCAAUCUAUAUUUUUAUUUAAGUAAUUCCAAAUUCACUUGCUAUGAAAAACAAAUGAUAGGAUGAUAUAUAAGUGAUAGUAAAAAUAAAUUCUGGAGGAUUUCUAUUAUUUAUGGUAUGUACACCAUGCAUGAUACUAUUAUGAGACUUUAAAAUUGAAACAACUAAUUUAAGCAUACUGUGACUAUUCUAUACCAAACUAUGUUUCAUUUAUCAAAGCAGUUUGCAUGACUGCUUCACUGGGAAGCACGUGUUCACUCAUUACUGAGGUUUUGAUUUUAGAUGUCAUAUUCCCACUUCCAGACUGCUUGUCAUAUUUUAUUAUGUAUUAAUUUUAGUGCAAAUUGUUUACAUUAGUCACCAACAUGAUGUUAUGUAAGAUCACUAUGCUUUUAAUUGAAGUUUCAGGUUGACCAGCCCAAAGUGUUUCAGUGUGAUCAGAGAGGGCGGCACCCGAUCAGAGUGAGCCCGGGCCAAAGCUGUUCGAGGGCUACAUUUUAGUGAGCAAAUCUAUAAAGUGGAAGUCAAAAACAUUACUGAGAGAUAGCAUCCUUCUCUUUAAAAGGAGGCAAAAAGUAUUGACCUCUGCUGCAACAAAAUUAUAUUAAAUUUAAAGAUAAAUCAGAGAGCAUCACUUCACAAAAAAUGCAGUUUCAGAAACUGUAUUUGUUAUUAUUACAAUUUCUACUGCUCUCUGCCCAUCAAUAUUUUAUAACUUAUCUACAGGUUUUAAGGAAAGAAUGCUUCAUAUCAGCUUUUGAAUACUAAGCUUAAGCUACUCCUUUAUGUCCCCAAGUGUUUGAUUAUUUUGAAGAGGUAUGUAAAAGAUGAAAUUUUCUUUUAAUUACUGAUCAUCCACCUUAAACUUUAGACACCGUAAAGUUGCUUCCCAUGAUGAAAGCCAAAACGAAUCCUCCAGGUACAGGACACUCCUGUACUUUGGAAGUAGUACAUCAUCAGAUGUGAAAGAGGCAUUUUAAUGAGAGUCAUAAAUUGUAACUAUUUCCAAACUAGGGACAAUUGUUUUAGCACUUCUUCUGCAGUUGAGCCCAGCCCAAGACAUUCACUGAGUUCUAGUACAUGAAGUGACAGUCACAAGAAAUUAAUGUAGGAACACAUACUUUUCCUUUAAUAAUCUCAGAUUUGAAAAGAAUGCCCAAAAAGUCAAUGGGCUAAUCAAUAACAUGUAACUGAUUUGAACGUUUCUCCCAUACAAAUCAACCAUUAAAUUGUCUAAGUUAAACAUUUUCAGUUUUCCUGGUCACUGAACUGAUUUAUAGGACAUGGUCAAGAAUAUUAGAGUCCAGUGGACCCAGGUUUGGGAGCAUUUAUCACUGCAGAAAAGAAAGAGAUAACUUCGGAAAUGAUUUUUCCUGUGGAUUUUUAAGACUCCUGAGGUAAUGGGAGGGAAAUGUUUUAGGUUUCAAGGUCCUGGCAGAUCAAUGUACUCUCAAGUUCUAAAUUUGCUUUAAAAAAUGAGUGGGAAUUUGUUUGAAUUCAGGAAUGAUGGAGAGCUAAAUAAGUACAGAAAAUAUCAAUACAAUAUACAUGUGUGGGCUUUUAAAAUUUUUCUUAACUUCAGCAUGGCGACCAGCAUGCAGUAAACCAGACUCUGAAUUCAAUACAGCAAAAGGUAUUCUAAUGACAUAUGUGGAAUUACAUAUUGUUACCUACUUGUAUAUUGCCAGCAACUCUAAUAUCAGAAUCACAUGUAAACUUUUAAAAGAAAAUUAAAUGCCACUAUGGGGGAAAAUCAGCACUAAAAAAUAACUUUAAAGGGAAAAAAAUUUUUUAUUGAUAUGUUUUACUUUGCUGGCAGACCAGAGCAAAGGUUUUGUGAACAUUUAAAA